AUGGACGACCCUUUCAUGUUUACGGGCGCUGCCUAUCCCUUCGUCGAGGACAUGGCCUACCAUAACACCCCAUUUGGGCAUACAGAAGAGGGUCUCAUGGGCGUCCCCAUGAGCUACAUCGACCCGAGCCUCCAGAGCCCGUCACCUUCGGCCCCGUAUCUCAGCAAGUGGAAUCCUCCCCAGCUAGUCCAGCGCUACCUUGAAGACACCCAGAAGACUGCCUUUUUCAACGCCGAUGUUCCCUCACACAUGUCGGCGAGCCGUGGACAUAUGCGCCCAACAGUUGGCAUCCCCCCUGUCCCGCCGCCGUCGCAGUCGGCCCGCUACACCAGUCCCAUAUCGUCUGUCGAACAUUCCUCUUCGGAGAGCAGUGCCCUGAGCCCUCCAGCCGACACCGAGUCGCACUUCGACAGUAACUUCCCCAGCACGCCUCCAGACACUACCCUGCUCUCGCCGUACCAGCAUCAUAGCGGCUUCGAACAUUGGAAUGCCCCCGCCCACGCCAUCCAGUUCAUGAGCAUGGGACCUACCGAGAGCUUCGUCAACCCCAUUGAUGUAAACCCCAGCCAGCAACUAGAGUACUGCGAAAACGAGAGCGCCGUAAACGAUUUCAGUCUAUCCUCGCGAGGCUACAGCUUCGAGAGCUGCAACUCGGCCGCCAGCCAGUGCGACCGUGAGCCUGUAAACAACCAGAUCAUCCUCGACGUCCGCACAAAGCGAAUGGCGAGCCCCGACGAGUUAGCGCCUGCCGCCCGAGGUAGCAGCAGUGCCUCUAACCCAACGCCUUCUUCCACACCCAAUCUUCCUAACGGGUCCAUCUUCAAUCGCAAGGACCUCUACACUCAGCACCUGCGCCGCAUGCACACGCCGCCUAACAUCAAGAAGAAGCAAGCUGCGGCCAAGAAAUCCGGGGGCAGCAGCGCUGCGCCGUCCGCCAAUGUCGGCAACGCUGGCAGCGCCAGCAGUAACCCGUCAAUGCUCGAGUGGGAGGAUCACCUCCGCAACCUGCAGCAGCGGGCCAUUCAGGAACGCUGCAAGCUCCCAAUCAACAUGCAGUGCCCGGCGCGGGACUGCACCCAGGCGUUCCAAGGCACCGACGCCUGGGACCAGCGCAUGGAGCAUGUUGCGAAGCACCUCGAGAAGGCGGCCGUCGGCAAGGAGGAUUCCGUCGUCUUUGGCGGCGACAACGACCCCACGCUCGUGCAGUGGGCCUCGCGCCCCGACGUGGGCAUUAUCAAGCCCGCGCCGGCCGGUCGCGCCGGCGCAUGGGAGCUGAACACGCCCAUCAGGCGCGGCCCCGGCGGGGCGACGCUCGUGGUGGCCGCCGCCCCCGUGGUCAUUACUCCUACUCCUAUGCCUGCUACUCUGCUGCCUGUGCAACCUGCUACCGCUGGCAACGCGGCGCUGCACAGUGACGACGAGGAAGAGGGAGAGGAGGAGAUUGUGGUGACGGGGGAGGAAAUGGACGAAGACGACAACGAGGAGGAAGAGGAAGAUGACGACGACUUGCGCGACGGAGAAGGCGAGGAGGACGACGAUGGGUGCUAA